CUGACUUUUGUGUCGCUCAUCACUUUCCAGUUGUUAAUGUAAAUGUAAGAGGGCUUGAAUGAAACCGUGAUCGAGCUGGUUAAUCAUUCAGAGGUUAGCUACGCUGGGCCAAUUGGCCGAACCAAUGCAGAAUAUUCAUUGGAGGUAAUCCAGAGCCAGGAUGGUACUGUGCUGGCACAUACAAGACAGCACGGCUGGGAUGUGUAGAACAUGGCUCCAUGGAUACAACACAGGCCUUGCACAGCCGUAGACCGGCACAUAGCAGGGUGAGCGAGCCAGAGCUCUGGGACAGGAUCACAGUGUCGUCAUGUAACUCUUCUGCUUGUCCUCACUGGUAGCCUGGCCGGAUCAGGCCUGGACUAGCAGUCAUGCAUGUCCACUUUGAGGAGAACAGUUCGUCGCGCUGUGACUGCACCAUUCAUUGCCUCUCCUGGAUGGGCAAGGUGCCCGACACCCUGCCCGAUGAGGAGGGCUGGAAGCUGAAUCGCACCCAGUACUACCAGGAGGGCUGGCUGGCUGGAGGCAAUAGCAAGGGCGUAGUGGGAGUCACCUUUACCACCAGCCACUGCAAGAAGUAUGACCCACCUGCCAGAUCCAACUUUAACCUGCGAGGUCAUCGCAGUGAAGUUGUUUUGGUGCGCUGGAAUGAGCCCUACCAGAAGCUGGCCACCUGUGAUGACCAUGGUAUCAUCUUUGUCUGGAUCAAACAUGAGGGGCGCUGGUCUAUAGAAUUGAUCAAUGAUCGUAAUAGCCAGGUGACUGACUUUGCCUGGUCUCAUGAUGGACGUAUGGCACUGAUUUGUUACCGGGAUGGUUUUGUUUUGGUGGGCUCAGUUGCUGGGCAGAGGUACUGGUCCUCCAUGUUAAACCUGGAUGACUCUUCCAUAACCUGUGGAAUCUGGGCUCCUGAUGACCAGAAGGUGAUGUUUGGAACAACGGACGGUCAGGUGGUUGUGAUGAGCUCAUCAGGUGCCAUGCUGGUUCAGGUCACCAUCCAUGAGGGCAUGGAAAUCACCACCAUGAUGUGGUCAUGUGAAAAGUUCAAUAUGGAUGAAUCAGACAGUGAUAAGAACAUCAAGAAAACAUCCUCCCCAUCAGAUACUACCUCAUCACAACGAGACCCUCGACUCGCCAUCUGCUUUAAACAUGGUGCUAUCUUCCUCAUGUCCAGUUAUGACGAUGUCUGUCCCAGAAUUAUCAAUACUAUGCUCACAGGUUUAAAGUUGGACUGGUCCAAUUGUGGGGAGUUCCUGGCAGUAGGGGGUUUUGUCCGCUUGCCUAACCUCCACUGUAAAAGUGAGAUCCACUUCUACUCCAGUGAUGGAAACCUCACCUACAAAAUACUUGUCCCCACUCAGGGAAAGCCUCUCACCGCACUUACCUGGGGACAUAAUGAUAAGCGUUUAUUUGUGGGGGCAGGCUGUGUCAUACACGUGGCUUGGGUUACCAAACAUGUGGCAACUCUGCAGUUCCUCAGUCAUCGAUGUAUACAGAAAGUCAUCCGUCUAGAAAAAAAUAUCAGUAAACUUCGACUUCCCUCCAAGUUAAAGAAUGGUGUUCGAGCAUUGUUCUCUCCAACAAUAAAGAGCUAUAUACCCGACCCAUUUAAGUUGCGUGAGUUUGUGAGUUCCCUCCCCCCUGGCAAUGAGCGGCUGUACUGUACGAUGAUUCGUCAUGGUGAUGAGACGUCAGGGGGUCACUACACCCUCUAUCUGGAGUAUCUUGGGGGCCUGGUGCCACUUUUAAAGGGGAAGCGAGCCAGCAAAAUACGACCAGAUUUUGUUAUUUUCGACCCUAAGAUAAGGACUCUGGGUGGCAGAUCCACAGCUGCAGAUGAGGAACACACCUGUUUGAGUAGUGGUGGGGAGAGUGAGCUGGACUCUGACAGUGAUGUGUCCGUGGAUGGCUGUGGCUCACCAAGAAUGCAAAGAAAAAAGCGUCAAAAACAUUUCCGAGCAGAGAGGGUAGAGAGGAGCAUAACAUUCCGUACUCUCGAUGAGCUGUUCUACAAUGACAACCUGCCAGAGAGUAACAAGCUUGUGGAGAUCACAUCCAACAUUUGGGGGACCAAGUUCCGAAUUGUUGGCACAGCGUCCUACCUGCCCGAGGAAUUGGGACAAGUGCUGUACAAGACUAGUCUGCUCCACCUACAACCUCGUCAGAUGACGGUCACUGUGGCAGAGCUGGCCUGUUACGACCUCCAGUCAUACUCUCGUGACCCCAAUUUCACGCCUGCGGGGAUGAGCGAGGAUGAGGAUGAAUCAGAUUUUGUUGAUCUGGAAAUAUUACAUAAUUUUUCUGAUGACCAAGGUGUUAGUGUGGCUCCAGUCGAUGCCUGUGUACAUACGUGUUUGACUCAGACAAAUGAACUACAAGAUUUGAUUGGUGGAGAUGUGUUGCUGAGCAAGCACUCAGAACCAUGCUUACAAACUGAUGUUGAAAGCUGUAAGAGUGGACAGUCCUCAGGGAAGAUUAGUGAACAGUAUAGUCCCACCAAGAAUGGUACACCUCUGUUUAGGUGUUCCGGAAAACCCCGCCGCACAUCCAGCAUUAAAUCACGAUCACUGUCUCCCGCUGAAAAUCAUGCAACUGCUCAAAACAAUGCCUUCCAUAGCAUUUUGGAUCAGGACUCCAGUGAUUUGCUCAAAGACUCCUAUGCGCAUCAAGGUGCUAGGCCCAAGCUUCUCCAGCCUUCUGACAAGCAUGGCCAUGUGGAACAGAUUACCUGGGACAGUUCCGUGGGUGUCGUGCCAGCGUCUUCCAGUCGCACAAGCAACAGCGUCCAGCACAUUCAAAGUGUCCCACCUGCUGGCCAGUUGCCCAAGCCUGACCCCAGCACCGUGGGUAAAGUGCUGCAGCAGGACCUGCAGAGCACCAGUAUGCCACGCUGGGCUGACCGUGCUUGUCAGGGUAUCCGCUUCAUUGAUGAUGAAACCUGCGAAGGCAUGGACAUUCCUGUAGAAACCAACACCAUCUAUGACUGUAGCAAUGUGACACUUAGUGUGAACACUGAAUCACAGAGGCGUUUAUACCUAGCUCACUCUGAGGCUUCGGCCAACCAGACCUGUGCGCCUGAUGCACCUGCCCCCUCCACUGACCAGGGCUUUAGGCUUGGGGAAUGCCCCAGUGACAGCCAAGAGUCAUCCCUUCUCGAGGACGCCCAUCGGGGCUUGAACAGAGAGGGGCUGGUGGGCACGGUACUCUCCAAACAUGGUUCUCUGGACACGGGUAUCAAUGUGCUAGGUUUGAAGCCAGAGGUGAAUGGACUAGAGGAGGUGACUAGCACAUCGCUGCCUGCUUCACCCAUCAAAAGGAGCCUCGUCUCCAAAACCAAGAAACUCAGGCAUGAGGUGCUCCUCAACAAAACUAAACUCAGUCCUCUGUUCAGUCGUAAAGGACGAUCUCGCCAUGUGGAGAGUUCUGAGGAGGAGUUGUCUUCCCUGGAAGAGAUUCGUGCCAGUCAGGGAUAUAGAAAUUUGGAGACAUUCCAAAAAGCACAGCUAAAACAAAAGAUGAGGAAGGCCAAGAGUAAAGGUGACAGUGAUAAAUCUCCACGAGCGGGACAUGGUGUGAAGCGUAAACAGCUGAUCAUGCAUAACAAGGCACCACUGUGGAACGAGAGCAGUCAAGUCUACCAGCUGGACUUUGGCGGCCGAGUCACGCAAGAGUCAGCCAAAAACUUCCAGAUAGAAUUUCGUGGCCGACAGGUGAUGCAGUUCGGUAGGAUUGAUGGCAAUGCCUACACCUUGGACUUCCAAUACCCAUUCUCAGCCCUGCAGGCGUUUGCCGUGGCACUGGCAAAUGUCACCCAGAGACUCAAAUGAUCAAAUGUCUCUGGCAUAGCACUUUAUUUCUGCAUACAUACACAAAAAGCUGUCAGCUUAGUUGUCAUACAUUUCAUAUGUGUAACUUGUGCUUACAAGGAGAGUGUAGCCAAUGCUAUGUUACAGACAAACUGUUCUUAUGUUGAUGCUGUAAAGCGG